UAAACCAGAACAGACUUUCCAUCACGCCAUCUUCUUUAAUUUUCCAUUCAAUUAAUUUUCUCUUCCCUUCUCUCUCUCUCUCUGAACUAACCCUAAAAACGCAACAAUUCAUGGCUGGCAACCGCACCACUGGAUCGGACCAUGAACCCGACCCCAACACCCGUCUCUACAACCCCUACGCCGAACUAAACAUCCCCAUCCAAACCCUCUACAAGCUCCCCACCUCCCCUGAUUACCUCUUCCCCGAGGAGUCCGUCCGCCAGCGCCGUUCCUGGGGGGAGAAUCUCACCUUCUAUACUGGGAUGGCUUACUUGGGUGGCUCUAUUACCGGCGCCGCCAUCGGCGUGUUCUCAGCUUUUAAAUCCAUGGAGCCUGGGGACACGUUGAAGUUGAAGGUUAAUAGGGUUUUGAAUUCUUCCGGCCAUUCAGGUCGCUCCUGGGGGAACCGGGUCGGUGUGAUCGGGUUGAUUUACGCGGGGAUGGAGAGUGGGGUGGUUGCGCUUACGGAUAGGGAUGAUGUUUGGAGUAGUGUGGCGGCGGGGCUCGGGACUGGAGCUGUAUGUCGGGCGGCGAGAGGGGUGAGGUCGGCCGCAGUGGCUGGCGCGCUAGGUGGACUGGCAGCGGGUGCAGUAGUAGCGGCGAAGCAGGCGGUGAAGAGAUAUGUGCCGAUUUGAGGGGGAUUUAUAUGGUUUGUUUGAGAAAAUUUCAAUUUUGACCGGAUAGAUGAUAUUAAAAAAAAUAUUGAGUUGAUGAAUGAUUGUUCUGAUUGAUUUAGGAAUUAUGAAUCAUGAAAUUGAUUAAUUGAUAUAUGUAUACAUAUAUUUUUAGUGUUCUGAUGUAAUAAAUAAUUAUUUUGGUGAUGAAAGACACCGAUGAUUGAAUGCAAAAGCUUCCAAGCUUUUUUUAGUAGUUA